AUGAAACCUUCUCUAUUGUCUGAAUGUAAGAAGACUAAAAACCCUUGCUUCUUUGGUUUGAACUCAUUUAAUUUAGGGCUAAACUCUCAUUCAGAAAAAUCUCAAGGCAUUCAAAGCGGAGAAGCAUCAAAUGAUUUUCAGUUCACUAGAGACCCAGGUCCAGAUAUUUAUUUUCAUUUAAGUACUCAUUAUAGCCCAUUACCUGUCAAUAUAAGAAUCCCAGAAACUUUAAUCAGAGCCCCAGGGCUAUCAAGUCCUGUAUUUUUAUAUUGAGAAAAUCAAUCAGUCCAGGCAUAUCAGAAAAAAGAGUAAAAUUUAUGCAGCGCAUUUUCAACAUUUAUUGCUACCACUGAAAAAUUCAUAGACAAUAGCUCCUUAUUUCCUAGCUAUAUUCAUUCCAACGGGAAAAGUAAGGUAUAGAGGUUUCCUCUAUAUAGCGCUAAAAGCGCAGACAUUUUCCCAGGAGCUUUCCAAGUUCGUCGGACCAAAUCGCUUUUUGGUCCGACCAAGGCAUUGAUUUGGUGCAACCUACCGAUAAAUUCCGAUCAGAAUUUAUCGGCCUUACAGCGCCAAACAUAGGAAACUUCUAUAACUCUCUGUAAAAACUCAAAACACGCAAUAAGAAUUUGAGCGGAGUGCAAAGACGACUAUCAGAUAUUGCAGAGAUAUGUAGCACCUAAAGCAAAUCAAGUAGAAAAACUAAGAGUUUAUUGAUAUUAUUCAGAGCCUACGAAAUUCUAUUUAAUAAGAAAUAAAGCAUCAGCUAUUAAUUUAGGGAAAAGUUCAACACUAGCUACAAAGAUUCCUAUGGUGAAUAGCAGCUAUAUGUACCAAACAAAAGACUAUGCAUUUGCAGGGAGGAUUCUAAAAACUUCUUUUAGUCCUUCCUUUCCUUUCAGACCUAAAUUAAGCAAAUCAAUUUCUCCAGUAUCAAAGAGCUCAUCUAAGAUCUUAAAUAUAUCAUCUUAUUAUAUUCCCUUGCAAAACGGCCCUGGAAAUUCUUCCCCUACACACUCCCAAAAUACUUCAAAAAUAAUAAAUUCUUCAACACUUGACCUUAGCUCCAAGCCCAAAGAAUUUGAAAAAGAUCUCUAUAUAGUAAAAAGCCGAAAAGGAGGAAUUAAUGUAGAAGUUGUAGUGAUAGAAAAUGAAAAUGAAGUAGAAAAAAUGAUGAAUUUUAUGGUCGGAUAUUUGGAAAAUUGCAUAAUAAUGCCGGAGAACACAAAAAUUGUUGAGCUAAUUGCAGAUUUUAUGCAGGAUAGAAAUGACGAUUGAUUUUUAUUACGCUGUAAAGCACACAAAAUUGAUUAUAUUCAUUCAGGUAACCGUGCGAAAUAUAAAAAUAAAAGACUAUCUGGAGUUUUGCGGUCACUUAAUAGUGCUAAAUUGUUAGCUGAAGCUUUACAAAUUCAUGAAGAAAAUCGCAGAAAAAACGUCAAUUCGAUGAUGAAUUCUUUAAAAAGAAGACUUGACUCACUUAUCCAGCAGAAUUCAAAAAUCCCAAAAAAUUAUGCAUAUUAUAGCCCUAAAGAAUCUGUUCAGGAAACCAGAAAUAUUUAUUUAGCUGAGAGGAGAGCAUCUAGACACGGUACAGUCCCAAUAUUAAUGAUUGGAACAGAUGACGAUCUUCCUGUAGACGACAUCAAUUCCUCCUUAUUUUCCCCUAUGCUAAAAUCAUAUAAAAAAUCUAAAAAGGCUCAAACCAAAAGCGAACCCUUUUCACAGGUAAAUGAACUCAUUGAAAAAAUUUCAGAAGAAAGCUUAAGAUACUCAGAUCUAAUUGGGAUUGAUAAAAUCACGAUAAAAGAAAUCGUAGCAAGCUGCGUUUAUUCUACUAUUAAUAUUGCAAGUAGUGAAGUUAGAAAUGUUUCAUUACAGUCUAAAAGAGAGAGAGUUUAAUUAUAGGGGAUUAAACGGAGGUUAUUUCAGCCCCUAGCCAGUUGAGCUUCAGCUUCAUGCUUCAUGUGGCGCUAAGCCACACUUUCGCCCUUUUCUGGUGACGUCGACAUCUUUCGGGAGGCUCACCCAAACCUGCUUGGACCAAAAAACUUCAGCAAGGAACUCUCUUAACCCCUGGUAGUGCUCAGGAAUGAGGGUGCCGUCCGAUACCUCUUUCUGGAACUACCUCUGACAUUUACAGGCAACAUAAUGCUCCUCCAGAAGUACUCGAUUGGUGCUGCGCCGCCGGUCUUCUUGUCUGUGGGCCGAAAGGGAGGCCCAGUUAGUUCAGACCGCACCCCACCCCAGAAUUCCUUUACCUGGCGACCCCAUGGCCUUCCAGCCGUUUUAUUUUUUCAAACGGCCGGAAAUUUUUCUUCUGUCGUAACGCCGAUGGCAGAAAUUAGUCUAAAAGAAGAUUAUUAAAAAUUUUUGAAAGCAACUUGGUGUUACUAGGAGCAGAUAAAGAGGAAUAUUUACUUUAUAUAGAAAAUUUUAAGCGAUUGUUGGAAAUUCCAGAUGAUUAA